CACUCUCUAAACUGCAGCUUGCUGGCUCACUCCCUUCCCCUCUCUCUCUCUCUCUCGCUCUCUCAAAAACAGCUGUUGCCUGUCGCCGCGAUUCUCAGCACUAUGCCAGGAUUUGAUAUGAUUACUGCUCGCAUUCGUGAUUCGUUUCGAUCUUCUCGAAGACCAGAUCACGUUAUUUCUGUCUUGGAGAAUAAUGAGAUGGUGACAGUUGGAUGGGUAGAGACACAUGUAUUUGUACAGAUCCCUCAUGAGCGCGUUCUCAUCACUCUUUUUCACCCCGUGAAUGGAGGGUAUCCUUUGAGUAGUGAGGAGGAUGAGCCGAUGGUUGAGAAUGUGGACGACCUUGUGUAUGCGCCCCUCUACGAGGGUACACCCCCCACGAGGGAUCAACCCUCCACCUCUGAGUCACAUGCCUUCGUUGUCCACUUUGGUCACAUGGAAAAAGUGUUUGACAUGUUGAAGGAGCAUGAACAUGUCAAUUUUAGAAUAGUGGGACCAGAAGCAUAUAAUCCGGCAGAUCUACACGUUCUUGCACGGAUUACUUAUAGAAAUAUGUUCGAUAUACAUCGCAGGGAUCAGAUCUACAUGCACGUUCAAGACCAGGUCGAUGUCCCCCAAUCUAUAUGGCACGGAAUUCAUUAUCACCAAAAUUUGCUUUUUCACAUCACUUGUGAGAGUUUGCGCUCCCUUUUUCAUAGUUUUCGACUACUUAGCGAGGGCAAGAGAACAUUACUAGGAUGCUCAUUUCUAAGCGUGGCAUUGAGCUGCGUGCUAGGGAGCUCCCUAGCAGGAUUAUGCAUAUAGUACCGGUGGAUGUGGGCGAGGGAGAGGUCGAGUAUACGGUUUCAUCCACUGUCUUGGACCCGCUGCUUAGGAUUUUCAGCGGGGGAAAUGCUACCUUCUAUGCCUUGGAUGGUCCAAGUUUAUUGGUGAAGGUUUCUCUCCAUGGAGAAGAUUGUACAGUUACUGUGCUAUUUCAGGGAGAAGAUUAGAUUAAACAAUUUUCUCCUCAUAUAGCUUUACUCUGUACUUUGGUCACUGAACAUGGUUUAGUCAGUUACCCAACUCAGGCUUCUGUACUCAGACUUUCAUUCAACCUCCUCCUUACCUUAGUAGACCAGAACAACCACUCGCUCGCGGCACACUUUCUAUAUCAAUAUCACGAUUUGAUGUAAAUGCGCUAUAUCCAAUUCUUUUAUAUACCCACAUGGGAUCCUCCCUGAAACUCUUGCCUAAUCAAAGGGGACAUAAUAGGUUGAAGGAACCUUGCCCACAAGAGUAUGGCAUUUCUACGAGUUAAUGAAAGGAUUUUGUUUCAUUCGAUUA